UUCAUUAUAAUUAUUAUAACUAUUAUAUUGAUCCUUAUAAUGGUAUUAUUAUUCUCAUUAUUCUCAUUAUUAUCAUUGUGAGGGAGAAAGAGGGCCAGAUCUGGGAAUGUGGUUGCGAUCUAACCAUCAUGAGGAAGUCCGUUUAAAGUCAUCAGUCAGACUGGUUCAACAGGACAGAAAACCUCAGAGAAUGAGUUCCUCAUAGUGAGCGUAUCUGUCUUUUGGUUCCCCUGCAGACGCACUUGAAGCCCUGGGACAUUCUGUGUCUCCAGUCUACUAUGGAUGAGGAGAGAGAGGAGGGGGGUCCUACCUCUAAAACCACUCUGUCUGGGGGAUAUGGCUGCCCCAGCAAAACUGAGAGCCCAAAGCAGCAGGAGAGAGCAGACCCCCCUGGACCCAAGAUGACGGCCAAUUUCAAGAAAACAUUGGGAAAAGUUGAACAAGGGAACCCACAUUUGAAAAGAUACCUGGAGCGGACAGCAGUCCCCCCUGAACCCAGCAAUGUCUCCAUGAAGAGCGACCAAUCUGGGACACACCUUGCUAAAUUUGGAGACGGAAACAAGUCUACUGAGCAAUCAAGAGUCCAGCAGCAGAGAGCAGACCCCCCUGAACCCAGCGGUGUCUCCAUGAGGAGUGACUGGUCUAUGGAACAACCUGCUAGGUUUGGAGAUGGAAAUCAGCCUACUGAGCCAAGAAGCGUCCAGCAGGAGAGAGCAGACCCCCCUGGACCCAGCGGUGUCUCCAUGAAGAGCGACCACUCUAUGGCACAACCUGUCAGGUUUGGAGAUGGAAAUCGGCCAACUGAGCCAAGCGUCCAGCAGGAGAGAGCAGACCCCCCUGGACCCAGCGGUGUCCCCAUGAAGAGCGACUGGUCUAUGGAACAACCUGCUAGGUUUCAAGAAGGAAAUCAGCCAAGACAACAACAGGGGAGGUCAACGAUUACCAGUGGUCAGUCUGUCCAGCAGCAACCCCUAGAGUUGAAGUUGAUCAAGGCGAACGCACACACUUUUCUAGACAAGGAGGUGGAGAAGCUCUGGAGGGUUCUCUUCCCAGAUUACCCACAAUGCUCAGAGAGCCAGAAGGAGGAGGAGGUGGAUGGUGAGGAAGUGGAGCAUAGGAGACGUGCCAGAGAGGGAGUGGUAGACAUCACACUGCUCUGCAUGAAGCAGUUGAAGCAGGAGGAGCUGGCCAACAUUUUGUUGAAAACUGUUGCUGCUGCUGAAUGCCAACAUAAAAUCAAGUCACAUUUGAAGGAGAAGACCAAGCGUGUGUUUGAGGGCAUAGCUAAAGCAGGGGAAUCAAGACCUCUGAAUGAGAUCUACACAGAGCUCUACAUCACAGAGAGCGGCAGUGGAGAGGUCAACAAGGAACAUGAGGUCAGACUGAUUGAAACCGCUACCAGGAAACCAGCCAAGGAGGAAACACCGAUAGAAUGUCAUGACAUCUUUAAACCCUUACCUGGACAAGAAAAAGGAAUCAGGACAAUAAUGACAACUGGAGUGGCCGGCAUUGGUAAAACCGUCUUAACACACAAGUUCACUCUGGACUGGGCUGAGGGCAAAAGCAACCAUGACAUAGACUUCAUAUUUCCCAUCCCUUUCAGAGAGCUGAAUUUACUGAAAGAUAAAAAGUUUAGCUUGGUGGAACUUCUGCAUCACUUCUUUAUUGAAACCAACGAAGCAGCAAUCUGCAGAUAUGACAAAAUUGUCUUAAUCUUGGAUGGUCUGGAUGAGUUUAGACUUCCUCUGGACUUCAAGAACACCCCAAUCGUGCGUGAUGUCACAGGGUCCACCUCGGUGGAAGAGCUGCUGACAAACCUCAUCAGGGGCAACCUGCUUCCCUCCGCUCACAUCUGGAUAACCACACGCCCUGCGGCAGCCAAUCAGAUCCCUGCUGAGUGUAUUGACAAGAUGACAGAGGUCAGAGGGUUCACCGACCCACAGAAGGAGGAGUACUUUAAGAAGAGAUUCAAAGACGAGAAGCUGGCCAGCAAAAUGAUCUCCCACAUCAAGAAAUCCCGAAGCCUCCACAUCAUGUGUCACAUCCCAGUCUUCUGUUGGAUCACUGCUACAGUUCUGGAGGACUUCUUCAAAACAUACCAUACAGGAGAAGAGAUGCCCAAUACCAUGACUCAGAUGUACAGCCACUUCCUGAGGGUUCAGACCAUACAGGGGGACAGGAAGUAUCAUGGGAAAGCUGAAACAGAUCCAAACUGGAGUUCAGAGAGCAGGGAGAUCAUUGUUUCUCUGGGAAAACUGGCUUUUAACCAGCUGGAGAAAGGCCACCUGAUCUUCUACGAGGCAGACCUGGCAGAGUGUGCCAUCGAUAUCAGAGCAGCCUCAGUGUACUCAGGAGUGUUCACCCAAAUCUUAAAAGAGGAGGGUGGGCUGUAUCAGGACAACAUGUUCUGCUUUGUCCAUCUGAGCAUCCAGGAGUUUCUGGCUGCCUUAUAUGCCUUCUGGUCCUUCAACGACACUGGUAUGAAUCCACUCUCAAAAGAACAACCAACCUCCAGGGAAGAUGAACUCCUCCUCCUCUACCAGAGUGCUGUGGACAAGGCCAUACAGAGUGAGAACGGACACCUGGACUUGUACCUCCGCUUCCUCCUGGGCCUCUCUCAAGAGACCAAUCAGAUUCUCCUACGAGGCCUGCUGGGACAGACAGGAAGUAGCCCACAGACCAAUCAGAACACAGUGUCUUACAUCAAGAAGAGGAUAAGUGGAGAUCUCUCUCCAGAGCGAAGCAUCAAUUUGUUCCACUGUCUGAAUGAGCUGAACGACCAUUCUCUAGAGGAAGAGAUCCAUCAAUACCUGACAUCAGGAAGUCUCUCCAGAGAAUCUCUCUCCCCUGGUCAGUGGUCAGCUGUGGUCUUCAUCUUACUGACAUCAGAAAAGGAACUGGACGUGUUUGACCUGAAGAAAUCCUCUGCCUCAGAGGAUGGUCUUCUGAGGCUGCUGCAAGUCGUCAAAGCCUCCAAAACAUCUCUGCUGAAUGGCUGUCAUCUGUCAGAGAGAUGCUGCGAUGCUCUGGCCUCAGUUCUCAAAUCCAACUCCUCUUGUCUGAGAGAGCUGGACCUGAGUAACAAUGAUCUGCAGGAUUUUGGAGUGAAGUUGCUCUCUGCUGGACUAGGGAGUUCAGACUGUACACUGGAAACUCUCAGGCUGAAUGGCUGUAAUCUGUCAGUGAGAAGCUGUGAAGUUCUUGCCUCAGUUCUCAGCUCCAACCACUCUAGUCUGAGAGAGCUGGACCUGAGUACCAAUGAUCUGCAGGAUUCAGGAGUGAAUGUGCUCUCUGAUGGACUAAGGAGUCCACACUGUACACUGGAAACUCUCAGGUUGUCUGGCUGCAUGGUCACACAGGAAGGCUGUGGUUCUCUGGCAUCAGCUCUGACCUCCAACCCCUCCCAUCUGAGAGAGCUGGACCUAAGCUACAAUUACACAGGAGACUCAGGAGCUGUGCUGCUCUCUGAUGGAUUGGAGGAUCCACACUGGAGACUGGACACUCUCAGUGUGGAGCACGGUGGAGAGUGGAGGAUGAAACCAGCUCUAAAGAAGUAUGCCUGUGAACUCACACUGGACCCAAACACAGCCCACAGACGACUCUCUCUGUCUGAGGACAACAGAAAGGUGACACGGGUUCAAGAGAAGCAGUCAUAUCCUGAUCACCCAGAGAGAUUUGACCUCUGGCUCCAGGUGUUGUGUAGAGAGGGUCUGACUGGCCGCUGCUACUGGGAGGUAGAGUGGGAAGGAAGUGUUUGUGUAGGGGUGGCAUACAGAGGAAUCACAAGGAGAGGAAGGAGUGAUGACUGCAAGCUUGGAGGGAACGACAAGUCCUGGAGUCUUUGUUGUUAUGAUGAAAUGUGCUAUGUCCGGCACAAUGAAACAUUUGAAAGCAUACGUCUCCCCCCCCCUCGCUCUAACAGAGUAGGAGUGUACCUGGACCGGCCUGCUGGCACUCUGUCCUUCUACAGAGUGUCCCCAGGUGGAGGAGGGUCCUCAGACACACUGACACACAUCCACACCUUCCAGUCCACCUUCACCCAGGAGGACCUCCUCCCUGGGUUUUGGUUUAUGAAGUCUGGUACCUCAGUGUCUCUGAGUCAUUUGUAGUGACACACACACACACACACACACACACACACACACACACACACACACACACACACACACACACACACACACACACAUUCCAUAUGUUCUGUAUGUUCUUUUGUAAUAACACACAAUAAGACAUUUAUUAUCCUUAAUAUCAUAUAUUUAGCUUCCUCUAUAGUUAUAAAAAACAUGAUGUAUUGAGCUUCCUCUACAGUUUUAAAGAUCCAUUGUUCAGAUGAGGAGAGUUAGAUGAUGAAAGCUAUUUUAAAAAGGUGUGUUUUCAAUAUUGCUCAAUAAAUUGCUCAGUUGUCAGUAAUUAUUACAUUUGUUUCAGUAUUCAUCGCUCUAUUGGUAAAUUCUGUAGUAUUUCUGUACCAAACAUUUAUGAUUAUUCUUGUUCAAACACAUUCAUGUCACUAUAUAUUAUGUUGGUGUUGUUGUUGAUUUAUGAUUAUGAUUUAAACAGUCCUUAACUUAACUAAAACAAACAGGGGUCAUGGAUCGGGAUAGAUAGUGUAUUAAAUGUACUGGGGUCAUGGACCGGUCAUGGAUCGGGAUAGAUGGUGUAUUAAAUGUACUGGAGUCAUGGGUCGGGAUAGACAGUGUAUUAAAUGUACUGGAGUCAUGGGUCGGGAUAGACAGUGUAUUAAAUGUACUGGGGUCAUGGGUCGGGAUAGACAGUGUAUUAAAUGUACUGGAGUCAUGGGUCGGGAUAGACAGUGUAUUAAAUGUACUGGAGUCAUGGGUCGGGAUAGAUAGUGUAUUAAAUGUACUGGGGUCAUUGAUCGGGAUAUAUAGUGUAUUAAAAGGUGUUGAUUAAUUUACUCUUCAACACGUACAAAAACCGAAAAUUCUAUUUAAUGAAUAAUGUUUGUUUGGUAUGUGAUUCCUGUGAUCGAUUGAACCUGACACGGUUCCUUUCUUGUUGUAGAAAUAAAAUAAAGUUGGUGCUACAACCAAAUAUGGACAGUAGAUGGUAGUGUUUCUCAUUUAUUCACAAAAUGAAAUGAAAUGAAUGAAACUAAUAAUUGUUAAACUAUUAUGUAUGGAUCAAGACCGGAAGAAAAUAAAGGAAAUAAUGAAAUGAGUCAAAUCUAUAAAUAUUGAAUAAAUACAGAAACAUAAGAUGUGUAUUCUGUCAUCUCCUGGUCCCUCUUUUUAAUGGUCAGUU